GCCAACUGUCAGUGAGACGCCAUGUUGGGGGCGGGGCUCCCGGCAUGCCCCGCGGAGCGGACAAUACGGCCCGGCCCACCGCUGGCCCCGCCCACCGCCCUGCAGUGCCGGGAGCCGGGGUCCGGGGCAUUUCCACGUCGCCUUUGAAUCCAUCUGGCUCUCAGACUGACCUCCCGCUCCCCUUCUUGCCCUAGCCAUUUGGGGGCGCCCUGGGUCUGCAGUCCACCUGGGGAAGAGGCUUCCGACUCAGAAGGUUUUUGGUGCCGCCGUCAUGGUUCGUACUCUCAACUGCAUCGCCGCUGUGUCCCAGAACAUGGGCAUCGGCAAGAACGGAGACCUGCCUUGGCCCCCGCUCAGGAAUGAAUUCAAGUAUUUCCAAAGAAUGACCACAACCUCUUCAGCAAAAGGUAAACAGAAUUUGGUGAUUAUGGGUAGGAAGACCUGGUUCUCCAUUCCCAAGAAGAAUCAGCCUUUAAAGGACAGGAUUAAUUUAGUUCUCAGUAGAGAACUCAAGGAACCUCCAAAAGGAGCUCAUUUUCUUGCCAAAAGUCUGGAUGAUGCCUUAAAACUUAUUGAGGAACCAGAAUUAAAAAAUAAAGUGGAUAUGGUUUGGAUAGUAGGAGGCAGUUCCGUUUAUAAGGAAGCCAUGAACAAGCCCUGCCGUCAACGACUCUUUGUGACAAGGAUCAUGCAGGAAUUUGAAAGUGAUACAUUUUUCCCAGAAAUUGAUUUGGAGAAAUAUAAACUUCUCCCAGAGUACCCAGGUGUUCUUUCUGAUGUCCAGGAGGAAAAAGGCAUUAAGUACAAAUUUGAAGUAUAUGAAAAGAAUGAGUAAUGUGAAGGUGUUGACUGAUUCAUUUCAAGUUGUUCCCCAUCCCCUCCAAACAAUUAUGUAUUUAACAUUAGAGAAAGAUAUUUCUGUUACUUAGAUCUGUGGAUAAUUAUUUCUAAGCAAUGUAUUUCUAUUAAUUAGUUUUAAUCUCAACCACAACAUUUGUGAAACAUCUGUUGUUGUAACUGUCUGAAUCCUCAAGAAAUUCUGAGGAUUAGGUCCCUAGCACCUGGCUACAGUCAUAUAUGCCAAGAAACCACAAUGGGAGAAUCCCCUGGUAACAUUAGUUACCUAUAAAGAAAGGAGCUGGCCAAAUUUGUCCAAAUGUCAGAAAUGGAUUGUAAACAGAAGAAUUAGAACUUAGAUACUAAAAGAGAAGUAGAUCAAUCAAAACAGGGACCAGAAUUACUCUAUACAUAUCACACUUCUGAAAAAAGUUCUGUUCACUCAGAUUCACUAAGUUGAGAACUACAGUAUAUCCCAUAGGGAUAGUAAGAAAGCAGGUAGGAGACUACUUUUUUGAUGAUUAAAAGAAAAGGCCUGAGACCUUUAAAAACUCUAUUUGUAAUCUUGGGUGAGAUGCCAUGGGAUGUUACACUGAUUGAAUAAGAAUAGGCUGCUCUUCACACACAAAAGGUAAUCUAAUAACAAGCAUAUGGCUAAAAUUAAAAGUUAAAAGAAACCAAAAUUAGUAAGUUAGAAAAUAAAUUUCACAUAAUUAAAAAAUUAAAACUUGUUUUAUCCCUCAUGUUAAUAUUUGGAUUUUUAGGUAUCCAAAGAAAUAGCAUUU